ACCAUCCUCUUCAAACUCUUCCCUCAGGCCCGCCUCUUCGUGCUUUCCCCUCUGCCAUCGGACUCCCCUCCUCCCGUAGACCCACCCUCUCCCUCCGCUCCCAGUCCCUCCCCAAGGGAAGGCCGUAGCCGGGGAGGCGGCAGCGAGAUGGCGGCGGCUCCGCUGUACUUGAGCGCGGCCGAGGUGGCGCGGCUGCUGGAGGAGCCGGGGCUGCUGCCGCUGUUGGAGGUGGCGCUCGGCCGCUUCUCGAGCGCGGACGGCGGGGUGGAGCAGCCGGUGCGGAGCACGGUGGCACUGCGGCGCUACCGCGGCUUCCUAGGGGUGAUGCCAGCCUACAGUGCCCAGGACGACGCCUUGGUGACAAAAAUUGUCAGGUUUUACCAAGCGCCCGAUUCAUCUCAUCUCUCAACUGUGCUGCUGUUUGAUCCCUCCAAUGGAGUCUUAAAGGCGGUGAUGGACGGUAUAGUGAUCACGGACAAACGGACGGCUGCAGUGUCCGCCAUAGCAACCAAGUACCUGAGACCUCCGUGCCUGGAUGUGCUGUGUAUCCUGGGAGCAGGUGCUCAGGCCGUGAGUCAUUACCAGAUCUUCACUCAGAUCUUCCCGUUUAAACAGGUGAAGGUGUGGAGCCGAACCCGCGAGCGGGCAGAGAGAUUUGCACAGAGGGCAGCAGGUCCCGUGCAAGUGUGCGGAUCUGCUCAGGAGGCUGUCAGCGGCGCAGACGUGGUGAUCACGGUGACCAUGGCCACUGAGCCAGUGCUGUUCGGGGAGUGGGUCAAACCCGGAGCCCACAUCAACGCUGUCGGGGGCUGCCGACCCGAAUGGCGGGAGCUGGACGACGCACUGAUGCGGGAUGCCGUCCUCUACGUGGACAGCAGGGAGGCCGGCGUCCGCGAGUCUGGAGACAUCGUCCUGUCGGGGGCGGAGAUCUUUGCAGAGCUGGGAGAGGUGAUUGUGGGGAAGAAGCCAGCCCUGUGCGACAAGACCACAGUUUUCAAAUCACUGGGAAUGGCCAUUGAAGACACGGUGACAGCAAAACUGGUCUACGACCGCUGGGAAGCUGAAAACAGGCCAGAGCCAUGACAAGAAUCUCCCGCUCACGGCUGCAGAUGGAUAACAAGGAACCUUAUGGAAAGGGAGAG